GAUAACCUCGGCUUGUCCCCACAGCACAGGUUGUUGUUCAACGUUGCUCCUUCCUUGGUUCGUACUCGUCAUUGCAACCGUUCAUCGCCCACAUCUGCGGAGGGUUAAACGGAGAGUGGGACGUAUUCGGCACACUCAUAGAGAAAAACCGGCAGAACCAGCAACAAACACACGCUUGUUUACUUUUCGAAGGGCAUCAGAACCCAAAAAUGGCGGUGAACGCGCAGCAGGCCGCGUCGCUGCCACGGAAGCUGUGGGAGCAUCCCCACCCGGAAAGCACCCUCAUGUACCGCUUCAUGCAGGAUCUCAACCGCAAACACGGCCUGCACCUCAAGACCUUCGCCGACCUGCACAACUUCAGCCUCACAAACCGCACCGCCUUCUGGUCCCACCUCUUCGAGGCGGCACGCUUCAUCCACGAGGGCACCUACAGCACCGUGGUCGACGAGUCAGCCCCCAUCGACGCCGUCCCGCGCUGGUUCGACGGCGUGCGGCUGAACUUUGCCGAAAACGUGCUCUUCUCGCGCCCGGACACCGGCGCGGACACGUCGACGGCGGCGCGCGGUGUCAAGGACAAGGAAGAUGGCAGGGUCGCGAUCACCGAGGUGCGCGAGGGCGCAUCGGAGGUUAGGACCGUGACGUACGGCGAGUUAAGGGCCACGGUCGGGGCGCUGGCGCGGGCGAUGAAAGCGAGGGGCGUCGGCAAGGGCGAUCGGGUGGUUAUCGUCGGCGCGAACAGCGUCGAGACUGCGGCGGUGUGGUUUGCGACCACGUGGCUCGGUGCUGUGUUCAGCAGUAGCUCUACGGAUAUGGGGGUCAAGGGGAUAUUGCAGCGGGUGGUGCAGGUCAAUCCAAAGUUGUUGUUCAUGGACGAUGCCGCGUUAUAUAACGGCAAGGUGGUGGACUUGAGGGGGAAGAUGGCCGAGGUGGUGGAAGGGUUGCGAGAGUGCUCCGAGUUCUCCGGCGUGGUUGCCAUCCGCCGGUUCGCCGAAGCCAGGGAUGUCUCGCGCGUGCCGCUGGCCGAAACGUGGGAGUCGUUCAUCACAGCCGCAGGAGGGAAUACGUCGCUACCCCAGGUUGUGCGCAUCGGCUUCCACGAGCCCUUCCUCAUCUGCUACUCGUCCGGCACAACAGGCACACCCAAGGCGAUCGUCCACUCGGUCGGCGGCGUGCUGAUCAACUACUACAAAGAGGGGCGCCUACACGAGGGGCUGGGCCCGCACACCGUCGCCCUGCAGUAUACGACGACGGGCUGGAUCAUGUAUCUUGCAGCCAUCGGAGCACUGCUCUAUGGGGGCCGCACCGUGCUCUACGACGGCUCGCCAUUCCAGCCCGACGCCAGCAUCCUGAUCCGCAUCGCCGCCGAGCAGCGCGUAACAAAGCUGGGCGUCAGCCCGCGGUGGAUGUUCGAAGUCGCGAAGGCCGGCCUACGCCCGCGCGAGAUGGCCGGCCUCUCGAGCCUGGAGACCGUCACCUGCACCGGCAUGGUGCUCUCAAACCAGCUAUUCGAAUGGUUUUACGACGUGGGCUUCCCGUCGCACGUCCAUUUGGCCAACAUUUCGGGCGGCACCGACAUCGCCGGCUGCUUCGGCAUCAUGAACCCCCUGACACCGGUGUACGUGGGCGGCACGCAAGGGCCGUCGCUAGGCGUCCACGUCGCCAUCUACGACUCGCUUCUGCCGGACGGUGUUGAGGGUAAGGAAGUCCCACAUGGCACCCCGGGCGAGCUGGUCGCCACCGCGCCCUUCCCCAACAUUCCGUGCUUCCUCUGGGGCGACAAGACGCCAGCCGGGGGCGGCAGUCCCGCAGCGCCGGGGACCAAGUACCACGCGGCAUACUUUGCACGGUUCAAGCAUGUCUGGGCACACGGUGACUUCUGCGUGGUGCACCCGGUCACGGGGAACAUCACGUUUCUGGGCCGCGCCGACGGCGUGCUGAACCCGUCGGGGGUCCGGUUCGGGUCGGCCGAGAUCUACUCGGUUAUCGAGAGGCACUUUGCCGACCGCGUGCAGGACUCGCUAUGCGUCGGGCAACGGCGGCCGCAGGACAACGACGAGGCGGUCAUGCUGUUCCUGCUGAUGAAGCCCGGAGCGCGGUUCGAUCGGGCGCUGGUCAACGACGUCCGGGAGGCCAUCGCUCGAGAUCUGAGCAAGAGGCAUGUGCCAAAGUACAUCUUUGAAACGCCCGAGAUUCCGACGACCAUCAACCUCAAAAAGGUUGAGCUGCCCGUCAAGCAAAUCGUGUCGGGACACGUUAUCAAGCCGAGUGGCACGCUUGCCAACCCACAGAGCCUGGAGUACUACUAUCAGUUCGCGAAAGUUGAAGAGCUGGUUGGGCCCAGGGAGAAGCUGUGAACCAUCAUUUAGAUGCUCCACCACCUCGAAGAAACAGCGUUGGCUUCAAUCUCGCUCCAGAAAAAUUGGGGAUAAGAUCCUGGCCUUUUUACCCUUGACCACCUAGUGUAGAACGGCGCCGCUCAUCAGCUAAUCCGGGCUUGAGGACAUGCCCGUGUCUCAUAUUAGUCUUUGAGAAAGCUAUCGCGCCUGUCC